AUGUGUAAUAUAUUAUUAUUUAUUGCAUUGCUUUUGGCAAUUGGUCACAUAAAUGCCCAAUAUAACUUUGUUGAACAAAAAGUGGACCAUGUCAUUUGGUGUACCAAAAGCCAGGAAGAACAAUACAAGUGUCAGAAUUUAACUCAAGCAAUUGAACGAGAUCGUGCCCUGUUCGAUGAUGCUCUAUUGAAUCUGACAUGUUUUAAGGCAUACAGUGCUGAUGAAUGUAUACAUCACAUCGAUCACGAAAAUGCCCACAUAACAUCGCUAGAUGCUGGAGAUGUUUUUACCGCUGGUCGUUACAAUUCCCUUAUUCCACUUAUGCAAGAAAAAUUCGAAGGUGGUUUUACAAAUUAUCACUCCGUGGCUGUUGUAAAAGCUGGUACUUUACAAGAUGUAACAAGCUUGAGAGAUUUGCGUCAGAAAAAGGCUUGCUUUCCUUGGGUAGGCAGUUUGGCUGGAUGGAUAGUUCCUAUAUACACGCUACAACGUGAGGGUGGAAUGGAGGUCGUUGAUUGCAACAAUCAAGUCAAAACUGCUGCUAAUUAUUUUAACAAUUCAUGUGCUGUCUACUCAUUAAUUGACAAAUAUAAUCCUAUUGGUGAUAAUUCAGAUAAGCUAUGCACUUUAUGUACUGGCAAAAUUCCGGUGGGACGCUGUUCAGCUGCGGAUCCUUACUAUGGUUAUGAUGGUGCAUUCCGUUGCCUUCUCGAAGCAGGUGAUGUGGCGUUUCUACGUGAUUCAACUGUUUUUGAAAUGCUUGAGAGUCCUGAGUUUAAAAGCAUAUCUCCCGAACGUUUUGAACUAUUGUGUCGCGAUGGAAGGCGUGUUCCGGUUUCAGAAUUUCGCCAAUGCAACUGGGGACUUAUACCAUCAGAUGCGGUGGUCACGUCAUCGGCAAGAACAUUUUUAGAACGAAAAAAAUAUCAGAAAUUUUUGAGAAAAAUUGUUGAGCUCUAUUCGGAUGGUCUAAAAGACGACCCACAACAACAGGGCAAUUCGAAUCGAAAUAGGGGAUUUAAUUACGAAAACAAUUACAAUAAUGAACGCAAUAAUCCCUAUGACAAUUAUAAUUCCCAGUCGUAUGAUCAAUAUAAUCGCAAUCGUUUUUCUAAUGCUCGCAACGAUCGUUUGGAUAGCAGUUUUACUACCGAACGUACCGAUAAUCUCAAUACUUCUGUGCAAUAUGUAAAGUUUAACAUUUUCGAAUCGAAACGCUAUGGAAAAACAAAUUUAUUAUUCCAAGAUGUUGCCAAAUCCCUGGCAGUAAUCAAUGAGGACGAUCAGUCAUUCAGCAAAUAUCUGCAGAAUUCGAUUGAUUACAUUUAUGGCUUACGUGAAUGUCCCGUACCUUCAAUGACACUAUGUGUAACAUCUGACCCUGAACUGGAGAAAUGUAUAAAAAUGAGGAUCGCCCUUAAAGCACAAAUUUUAAAGCCAGAGUUAAUUUGUAAGAAAAUGCAUUCCCAUAUAAAUUGUAUGCAGUGGAUACAAUCGGGUAAAGCUGAUAUUGCAGUUUUCGAUGCAGGAGACGUAUAUACCGCUGGCUUAACAUAUGACUUAAUUCCCUUUAUGUCGGAAGUUUAUAAUCUUGGUGAACCGGAAUAUUAUGUUGUGGCGGUAGCCAAAGAAGAAGAUCGCGAUACUGAAUUGACCUAUCUGAAGGGAAAAUAUACCUGCCACACUGGUAUAAAUACAGCAGCUGGCUGGACAUAUCCUUUGGCACAUAUGAUUUCAAAUGGCUGGAUAAGACCAUAUGGUUGCGACUCAAUAAGAGCUGCAGCUGAGUAUUUCACAAAGUCGUGUAUUCCAGGUGCCAUUAGCAAUGAAUAUAAUACUGGGGUGCCUUAUGACAGUAUGUGUGAUCUCUGUCAUGGAACAAGUUAUCGUUAUUGCCGUCGUGAUGCAUCUGAGGACUACUAUGGUCAUACGGGGGCAUUCCGGUGUCUAGUGGAGGGCGGUGGUCAUGUUGCAUUUAUGAAACACACCACAGUUAUGGAAAACACCGGAGGAAAGCGGAAAGAAUGGUGGGCACGUAAUGCUCUAAAUGACGAUUUUGAACUACUCUGUACCGAUGGCAAACGAGCUGAACUACAAGACUAUAAAAAGUGCAACCUUGGAAAGGUAAAAGCAAAUGCAAUUGUUACACGGGGUGGAGUCAAUUAUAACGAAACAGAAAUUAAUGCCUAUAUAAAUCUCUUAACAUAUGCCCAACAAUUGUAUGGACGUAAGAAUGUUGAUGCGUUCAGUUUCAGCAUGUUCUCAUCGCCAUUAAAUUACUACGAUCUUAUCUUCCAAGAUGCCACACGGCAAUUGAAAGUUAUUCCUCCCAACCAGAGACGUUAUGACAUUUACUUGGGUAGCGAUUUUAUGCGUGCUAGACGUAUUACCGACUGUCAUGCUGGAUCCAUGAAAAUUUCAACAUCAUUCUCAAUGUUGCUGUUCUCAACGGCAUCAUUGUUCUCUUUGCUAAGAAUCUCUGUUUAA